CCGGCGGGGACGGCCGCGGCCUGCGCCAACUGCGGCCUCCUGCAGCAGAAUUUGAACGAAUAUGUAGCUGCAUUAAUUGCGCUGAAGCAAAAGAUGAUUGAUGGAGAUCGUUUGCUGACAGAGUAUCAACAGAAAUGCAAUGAGCUUCAGUUUGCUGAAAGAGAAAUCUCUGCUCUUCGCUGCCAAGUAGAGCAGAUGCUGCAAAAAAUCCUGCCUCUGGAGAAGUGUCAAGAGGAGUUGGGUUCUUUGAAAGCAGAGUUGGAAGAGAAAAAGAGCUCUCUCAAGAUCUACCAAGAGAGUCAACUGGAAUAUGUUAGAAUUAAAGAAGAAAUAGUAAAAAGCGAUGCAGUGAGAAAGAAACUGGAAGCAAAAGUGAAGAAACUAGAAGAGGCAGCAACAAAGCAUACCCAAGACUUCAGACAGCUGAAAACUGAAAAGAAGGGGCUUGAGAAGGAGCUAAAGAAGGCCCAAGGAAAACUUGAUGGUACUCUUAAGGAGAAGUGCAGAAAAUUUGUUAAACAUGCAGAGACACAGAGUUCUGGUGAAGAUGUUACAACAGAUAUAGACAAAGAAAAAAUAAAACUGUUACUGAAAGAGCUCUGGAUAUGCAUUGAUGGUGCCACAGGAAAAAGAGAGAAUCAGGAAAAUGAUUACAUCUUGGCCUCUAGUCAGCAUAAGUCACGGCCUGAAAAAAGAAGACAUCUUGUUACACGAGAAACUGUGCAGGCUCCCCCGAAGAUGAGGCCGCCCGAGGAGCUGCUGCCCUGGCGUUCGGCGCUAGACAGUGCCCAGAGACACAAUGCUGCAGCAGCCCCGCAGGCUCGAGCGGGUGCAGAGCCCUUUGGAGAUGACCGUUGUGAAAGUGGGACUGCUGAGGAAGGUCUGCAAGGUUGUACUAAUGAUAGUGCUUUUUGUGAGGACAGAGCUGUAGAGGUUAUAGUACAGACAGAAGGGGCCCACAGCAGUUCAGACUUUUCUGAACAGGAGCAAAAGAGCCCAUGUGGAAACGUGAUGGAUAUUUUAAGUUGGGCCAGGCCUCUCCCUGCUCUGCUUUCUCCAGUGCAGCUUUCACCACUAGCUACAGAGGACGUGUUGUUUGGAGAGCUCACGGACUCCAGCGAUGAAGAGGUUGAUUGCAGUGUUUCUGCCGCAGAUGGUGUCGGAGAAGAAGGCCAAGUUCAGCCUUGUUCUCACAUACUUGGCCUCAGUGAAGAGCAUGUCCUUGAUGAAGGAAUCUUGGGCAACCUGAGAAAUGGUGAAAAAUCUGUUCCUGCUACUCCAGAGAUGCUAAGCAAGGAGGAGGGAGAUGCUGUAACGGAGCAACCUGAGGCGGCCGUUUCAGUUACGAAUAUAGAAUCUAACAAAGAGCUUUUGGGGAAGAACUCUGAGAAUGUGAAAACUGAGAAGACAGAACUACCUGACGUAACAGCACAUAAUCUGGAAGCCAUUCAAGAAGAGAGAGAUCUUGAGAAUAUGCCUGAUGAAUAUGGAACCUCUUCAAGUGAUUGUAUGCUAGGCGAUUUCCCGCCUCAGAAUUGGAUGGAAGAAAGUGGUAAGAUAGUGCGAAAAGAAGAGAAUCUAGUCUUAAUUGGAGCUGCUGAUUAUGAGAGUAAGUGUGAAAACCCUGAUGAGUUAAUGAAAGCAGGAGAUGGUUUAUCCGUAGAGGGAGAAAGUCCUGGGGCUGUAUCCGUUCCCCAAAGUGUUGACUUGCCUCCUGAGCAAGGUGGCUUUUUGCUUCAAAGGGAAGAUUCUGAAGAGAAAUCUAAUGUUUUGGCAGAGAAUGAAGUAGUUGAAAAUGGAGUCAAAGACGUAACCAAAGUAAGUAAUGUGACAAGUGAUACAGAAGAAAACACAGAACAAAUGGUAAUUGGAGAGGAAGUAACAGGUGCAGCACAGGUAAAAGGAUCCUGUGCAGAGACAAAUAACGAGAUGAAGCUCUCUGAGAACGUACAGUCUGACUGCAGGAAUUCUGAAUUCUGUGAAGCAGAGCCUGCUGAGGGCCUCAUCAUACCGUGUCAUGGGGACAGUGUGGAGACUGAGAUAGACACUGGAGCUCCUGAGGGCUCUGCACACUCUCAGUGCUCAGAAAUGAGACAAGAUGGGGAAGAGAUACUGCAGAAACAAUGUGUGCCUGCAGAAAAAUACCGAGUGGACAAAGACUGCAAACCAGAGACUUGGAACAUCUCUACUCAUCACUUGCUUGUAGCAGCUACUGAAGAAAUCAGAAAUCCGCUGUGUGUAGAUGACACAGGGAGAACUGUAGCUGUGGACAGAAUUUCUUCUUGCUCACCGAGUCCGAAAGAUGAUGAAGAGCUCAAGGUGCAGGAGGUGAAUGCUGCCAAACCCGAGACUAUUGAACAAGCCCCGAACCUGAAUAAAGAUGAUGCUCCAGAAAUAGCUGAGUCAUCAGAAUUACUUCAUAGAGCAGAAAAAGGAGUAUUACUAGGUGUAAAGGAGGGGGAUUCGUUAGAAGUUAAACUACAUGAGGAUGAAAAAGAUAGUAAUUUACUGCAAAAGGAGUCAGACUUCAAAAGCACACCAGCCCUACAAAAGGCAGCAUGCAUUACUGAGGCAGAAGAUGAGGAAGUAAAGUGUGUCUCACCUGUGCUCAAUUUUACAGAAGGAAAUGAUGAAGUGAAACAAGCUGAAAGUCUGUGUAGUGCAUUAGAAUGCGGCUUGUCCAAAACUCAGAACUUAGAGAUUGAAUCUCAAGAGACUGAAUUCCGGGUGAAACCAGAAGAUUUUGGAGAAGAAAGCAGUGAGCCAAGAGAAAUGGAGGAAGUGGGUUCCAGGCAGUCUGUCUUGGCAGAAGGCAAGCUUGCUUCUCCAGCACAGUUUGCAAAAGGUGCUAAUCAGAUCUCAGGAACUGAACCUUUGCAAUGCAGUGGAGUAGAAGGGGAACUAAAUAAGCAGAGCAAGGAAGUGGUCAUUGAGAGCUGUGCCAGUUCACUUAGCUGUGAAGACAGUAUUGUGAAUAAGAGAAAUAACAUUUCAGAGAUCACAUGCCAGGCUCCAUCAGAAGAAGAUUUUAAUGGUAGAUUGUCUUUGUCUACUCAAGAGGCUUUGGAGCCAGUGUGCAUAGAUACUGAAGAAAUGGAUCCCUCUGUUCAAAUGAAAAUUGGCUUGGAAUCCCCAGUGCCUACUGAUCUUAAUUUUGGUUUUCAGGAAGUUGGCAGUUUUGAGACUAAUUUCACAGAAAAUAGCACUGCUGCCCAUAUAUGGGAAAAUGAAGGGGAUAAAAAGGAUGUGAUGUGUAGUGUGUUUAACUGCUCUUUGGCAAGUGUGGGAGAGAGUUUUGAGAUCUUACUUGCUGAAAAAGAGAGCCCGUGUAAAGAACUUAACUGCCCUGAGAGAGAAUACACGACUGAAAAUGAAGUGGGAAUUCCAUGUGAGAAGGAACAGCCAGUAGAGGAAGAACCUCAGCCAUCAGUAGAAACACAUAUCCUGGAUGCAAACUCCUCUGAUAAAUUCUGUUUCCAGAAGCUUUGUGAAGAAUUAGGGUGCAGGACCCCUGUGUGGGAAGCUGAUACAGCUCAGCCUGAUGAACUAACAGCUGGAGGAAAAAGCAAAGAAUUGGACAGUGUUGAGAAACCUGAGCAAAGUGACAGUAAAAGGUCUAAAAAUGCUUUUGAAAUCCCAGAACAGAGCAAUGAAUCUGAAGAGAGAGACUGUCCUGCACAAAAAGGCAGGUUUGUGCAGCCGCUUGACUGUGUCCCAGUGCUCAGAGAAGACCUGAGAGUUUCCAGGACGACUGUGGGAGAGGCCCUGGAAACUGGUGCGGUCGCUGACCCUGGUAACAGCCCAGUUUGUGAGCGUCCCUCCGCAGGGUCCCCGGGGACGGGGCGGGCACCCAGAGCAGGCGCUGGAGCAGACAGGAGCGCGCGCUGCGACGCCGACACCUCCUCAGGCACCGCAACCGAGCUGUCGGGUUUGGCCGGGGAGAGUCAUCCUGAAGACUUAUCUGCUGUGCAAGGAGGACUUUCAUUAGAGGCCUCUGGAGAUACUGAGGGUGCCUGUGAGUGUAGGGAAGAUCCUCGUGCUGCUGAGGGCGUGCGUAGCAAGGAGGAAAGCCUGAUAAAAGCUGGAGCUUCAGGAGAAAUCUUUGCAAUGCCAAGUCCUCCAAAGCGUAGGUUGCCAUUAACGACGUCCUCAGAAAAUGGACUUGCUGUAAAAAACAGUAAAUUGAAUACAGAAACGUUAGCACUUAGCAAUUUGUUAGAACGCAGUGACUGUGGAAAACAUCGGUUGGAUGUGGAGCGAAGUCAAUUACAUAGUGUUGAUAGAGGGGUGUCGGUGCUUGAAGAGUAUAAUCACAAUCAAACUCCAACUGUUUGCAGUCAGAAAGACACCAACGCUGAUAGUACGCAAGGUGGUUUUCAGCCUUCUUGUUGUUGCAGUUGCACUUCUUGUGCUCAGAAAGACUUUCUGAGUAGUGAUGGAAAGAACUGCUCCGUCACAGCCCCGUCUGAAGCAGUGUGCAACUCCCAGGCCCUCAGCCAGCCUUCUGAGCUGCUAAAAGGAGCUCCUGAAAAGCCACCUGUGUUGGAAUUAGGAUCUUGUGUCGAUGCUGCCCUCGAAAAGAACAAUAAAUUGAAGAGCCAAGUGCAGGAACCAUCGGAAGCCUUGACUGCCUCAGCCGAGACAGCCGUCCAGGUGACGCCCGGCAGGCUGUCCAAGAGGCUGGCGCGAGGAAAGGGAAGGAAAAACCCCCUCAAGGUUAAGGCAGCUCAGCCUGUUCUUGCAAACGCCGAUACGUCAGUGCCCAUGAAAUGUUCAUCUGAGACUAUAAAUAAAAUCAGGCAGGAAAUGGGUCCUCCCCUGCCUCCUUUGCUGCUGCCUCUGCUUGCUACUCCCCCCCGAGCUGCGUGUUCUGCCUCCCCGGGCACGGCUUCGUCGGGCCGCUGCUCCUUGCUCUCUCCUCUCGACGACCUCAUCUCCCCGCUGCGGGAGACUCCGGUGCCUCCUCUCAUGUCUCCGUUGACAGCUACCCCGACAGCCAAGUCUGCCCUCCUGUUCUCCCCUUCGUCCCCUUCGGAAGUGGCAGUCGGCAGAAGAAUCCUCUCUUCUCCUUUGAAGUUCUGCACUUCCAUUCCAAAGCACGCGCUGCCCGUGCCAGGACGAUUUCCUCUGUGCGCAGCUGAGGCUGCGGCUCCCGUUGUCGCUCAGGAGAACUCCGUGAGGAUACUGGACACCAUGUAUCCAGAGCUGUCCGCAAGGGCCAGGACACUAAACAUUUUGAAGGGCAAUAUUCAGCUUAACCGAAGCGCCCUUCCAGAGGGCCACAGUUUGCCAGGUCCUGUCACCCAGAUAGGGGGGUUCAAAGCAAUCGCAUCUACGUCGACUGCCUUUGUUAAGACAGGCAGCAAUUUGAAAGCUGACAGCAGCAAAGAGCAACCCAAAGACACGCAGGAGCAGCCUCUGGUUCCCAGCAUGCUGAAUCGUACUGGGAAAAGGACAUUGAUGCCAAUGCCCAGAAGUGCCAAGAGGCUGAGGCUGGACAGCGAGUCGCCAAAGCUGGAGCCCGGCGACACUGCUGCUGUCAGGAUGACUGAAAAUAAAAUGCCUGAUGAGCAGGGACCUUUGCAUGUCGAGAGCUGUGAAAUCAGUGAUUCGGCCCACAGCUCCAUGGCAGCAGCAUCUUCAUCAGCCAAGGUCACUGAUGCUGAUUGCCAAAUAGUUGCUGGGGCACUGAAGAAAAUCGCAGAAUCCUGUUUCGACUUGUUGCCUGUUAUCCGAAGUCACGUAUACGUAGGCAAUGUCUCAAAGGUGCCGGUAAUGACGGACGAAGAGAAAGAAGUUGUCUAUGAAUUUGGUGUCACCAACAAGCAUUUAGCAGAGUCACUGCUGAACACUGUUCUCAAUAAACUCAAGACUCGGAAGACCACUUCAAAUCACAAUUUCACUCAGGCUCUCUGUAGAAUUUAUGUAGGAAUUUGUCGGCAGCUGGGAGACUUGGAAAGAGCCCGCCUGUUCUGCUAUAGCUUGCUCAAAGAAGACUUUCCUGACGCGGAGAAGUUGAUUUUAUUUGUCACAGCUGUGUGGCCUGACAUGUUCUGCUUCCAAGGUGUGAUUAACAAAGCUCUGCAAGUCGUUCUCAGGCAGCGUGUCAGGGACGAGGUGCUGGCCUGCCUGAGUGCUUAUCUGCCCUGGGAACAGAGCUCCCCUUUGGAUGCUGGUGCCGUGGUGUCGGCGCUGCUUUCGGAACUGCAGUCCUGUCGGGAAGCGGAGCUGCGGCCGAGCGAGCGUUACGGGGAAGACCUGAACGACGUUGCCUGGCAGUUCGUGUUUGCUGUUGAUCUCCUCUGCUCCCACCUCAGGUGGGACUGGACCCACGACAACGUCAUAAGCAAAGUACUUUGGCCUUGUAUGGAUAAGUGGAUAAAAAACAGAAAAGGUCAUGAAGUGGUUCAGUCCAUUCCUGAUACCAUGAUAGCAUCAACACUUAGGCUAAUUGGUCGACUGGGCCAAAUAGGCUUGAAGGAAGGACACCUUUCUGCAGUGAGGAACAUUAGCUCUGUGAUUGGGCUGUUUGUGCAGCAUGCAAAAGAAGAAGAUGUGCCCUGGGGCGUGCAGCUGGCAGCCGUGUACUCGCUCUGCGACUUGGCGGCCAGCAAUCCCGUGGGGAUUGUUGAGGCCAUCCGUGCUUGGAAGGCAACCGCUCCAAACAGCGUCCCCUCCGCUGUCACAAGCAGCAUCGCUGAAAUCUCCUCCGUGUGUAAAACGGACCUAAGCUGAAACCUAUGGAAAUAAGCUGCUCCAAAGGGAGAAGUGCCUUAUUUUACCAAGCAGGAGCUGGUUCCAGUUGAAAAAAACGGAAGAAAGACCAGGAGGAAAAUGGAGUGUAAUGCAGUGUGGGUUUUUUGGCUUUGGAGCUAUUUGUUUUGGGGGUUGUUCUACUAAUUGCAAGCUCAAUUAUUUUUAUUUCCCCUUUGUGUUUAAAGGGCGAGAGGUUUUACGAAAGCAAAGUGGCUUGCUUUGCCCCGUGACUCCUCAGGGCUCUGAAAGCCAAGCCAAGACCUUUUCUCCCUUCUGUGAGAUCUAUGAUUUGACAGCAGGAGUUUCUGUUGUUUCUCUUCCCUCAAUCUAGAGCACUGGCUCUUUGCCACGAUAGAAGACUGAGCCUGGCUGGAAACCUGCUCUAUUAUUUUGUACUUUAUUUAUGAAGUCAUUGUUCAGAUAGCAGGAUUUUACCCAGGUGCUGCUCUGUUUUACGUGGGUAGUCUCAUCAGUUUAAUUUAAAAUACUUGUUUAAAGCAAGUAGGAAUUGGCUUUUUGUAUAACAAUCAUGUAUA